AUGGCAACGUCAAUGUACGAAGGCGGCUAUAAUGACAGCAACCGCGCAUUCCUCCAAGCCUUCAUGGCUCGAUCAACCAUGACCUUUGACGAAGCCAAGCCAGUCCUAGCGGCCAUAUUCUCUGCACAAGAAAACCGCGAAGUCCUCGCCGAAGACAUAACCCAAGCCGACCUCAACUCCUACAUCGCCGCCGCCAACAGCGCCAUUUCCCCAUUCGACCUAGAAAUUCGUAGCGCAAAGCCCCAAAUCGCACUCGACAACGCCAACAAUAAUACCGGAAGCGCGAAUACGGCGCAAAUAGUCUACGCCCUCGUAAACACAACCAGCGACCCCCUCACCCAACUCGCAACAACCUACACAGUCGACGAAAUCGCAUUCGUGAAACGACUACUCGACGCCAUGUUUGAGACACACAAUACCCGACGGAGCGAGGCGAUGGUGUUGUCGAAUAUACAGGCUAUUCAAUUAGCAAAAGUCUCUUCCUCUUCCUCAAAUUCACCAUCAACGGAGAAUGCGAACCAAAGCGGCGCGGCGCAGUCACUUACAAUACCCCAAGCAGAAACGAUGUUGGCACGAUUAGUGGAAGAAGGAUGGUUCGAGAAGAGCGCCAAGGGGUUUUAUAGUCUGAGUCCGAGAGGGUUGAUGGAGUUGCGUGGUUGGUUGGUGGAUACGUAUAAUGACGAUGACGAGGAGGGGAGUAGAGGGAAGAGGAUCAAGUUUUGUGCCGCUUGUAGGGAUAUCAUCACCGUUGGCCAACGAUGUUCGAAUCGUGAUUGUACUGGUAGGUUGCACGAUACUUGUGUACGCAACUUCUUCCGAAUGCAGCAGUCGGAGCGGUGCCCAGUGUGCAAGGCCGACUGGCCGGGGGAUAAGUAUGUGGGCGAAAGGGCGAUAACUACGACAGAGCAGUAUAUGCAGGGGAGAAGGCGGAGUGCGAAUACCGCCGCUGCUAGGCAGUCGGGUGUUAAUGGACAGACUAAUGGGGAAACUGAAGACGAUGAAGGAGAGGAGGACGAGGACGAGGACGAGAGAUGA